GCACCACCGAGCCCAGGAAAGCGAAGCCAGUCCGCUCGCUGGCGGCAGGGGAAAGCCUAGAAGCCCGGCGAGGAAAAGGAGGAGGCAAGGAUGGAGGUAGUAGCCCAGGCUCCGCCCCGCUCGGGGCCGUUCUCGUCCCAGGCAGCGGAAGCAUUGUGACGCUGGCGGCGCUGGAAUACCUGAGAGGCCGCGGCGGUGGCGGGCAAAGUGAGUGUUUGAAGAAAAUAAAGAAACAUGGACGGCCACAAAUACAGUUAUUCAAGGGAAUUUUAUGAUCGGUAUGCCCAAGGCCAAGAAAAGUCUGUGGUCAAUAAAAUGCAGCAGAAAUACUGGAAAACGAAACAAACUCUUAUCAAAGUCACAGGAAAGAAAGAGGAUGAGCAUGUGGUGGCCUCUGAUGCAGAUCUGGAUGCCAAGCUGGAGCUGUUCCAUUCAAUCCAGAGGACAUGUAUGGAUUUACUUAAAGCAAUUGAACUAUAUCAAAAAAGGAUUUGUUUUCUGUCUCAGGAAGAAAAUGAAUUAGGAAAAUUUCUCCGAUCCCAAGGUUCUCAGGAUAAAACUAGAGCAGGCAAAAUGAUGCAAGCUACAGGAAAGGCCCUCUGCUUUUCUUCUCAGCAAAGGUUGGCAUUGCGCACUCCAUUGUGCAGACUGUACCAAGAAGUGGAGACCUUUAGAUAUAGAGCUAUUUCGGAUACAUGGUUGACAGUCAACCGAAUGGAGCAGUGCCGGACUGAAUACAGAGGUGCUCUGUUGUGGAUGAAAGAUGUGUCUCAAGAGCUGGAUCCUGAUCUUUACAAACAGAUGGAGAAGUUUAGGAAGGUCCAAGCACAAGUCCGCCAUGCAAAACUAAACUUUGACAAGCUGAAAACUGAUGUCUGUCAGAAAGUGGAUCUUCUUGGAGCAAGCAGAUGCAAUCUUCUGUCUCACGUGCUGACAACGUACCAGACAACCCUUCUUCAUUUUUGGGAAAAAACAUCUCAUACCAUGGCAGCUAUUCAUGAAAGUUUCAAGGGCUAUCAGCCAUAUGAAUUCACUAUGUUGAAGAGUUUACAGGAACCUGUGAAUAAACUAACAGAAAGUGAAGAAAAGGAGGAUGGAUUUCAGCUAGAGAACACCAAAUCGGAUGAUCAGCAGAGUCAGUUGAUUUCAUUAGAUGAUGAAAGCCACACCAAGGAAUUGGCCAAUGCAGCAGAAGAUACGAAGGACAUACUGAGUACUUUGGGAGAGAACUUCAGCCAUCAAGAGAAUCCAGGAGCUAUAGAUGAUUUACUAGACUUGAAACCUGAGGAAAAUGCAGCGUCAAAGGACCUGCUUGCUAAUGCCUUGGAGCCUGAAGCGACUGAUAAGGAUGACAUGGUAUUGCUGAAUGAAAUUCUGAAUGCAUCUUCUUUGGAUGACGGCGAAUUCAGCAGGGAAUGGACAGCUGUCUUUGGAGAGGAUCCGCUUGCUGACCUAGCCACAAACUCUUCUGUAGGAGAAAUGGAGAGCAAUCAGCCACCAUCAUCAUCAGGCUUCCUUCCUUCUCAGCUUUUAGACCAAAACAUGAACGAUUUGCAGUCCUCCCUUCGAGGUUGGGCAGCCAGCAAUAUUAGCCCUUCGCCUGCACCACAGACAGCUCCGAAAUCCAGCAGCCUAAACAUGAACGUCAAUAAGACGCCUAUGAAAGAAGCUGCAAGUACGUCUAAAGAUCUGACGGCGUGGUUUAGCCUCUUUGCUGAUCUGGACCCCUUGUCUAACCCAGACGCUGUUGGGAAAACAGAUAAAGAACACGAAUUGCUCAAUGCAUGAGUUGGCUGCCUGUGGUAACUCUCCCCUCACCAUUCAUCAACACUGUUCUUGGGGCUUUAGAGCUAAAACAAGAUCAGUGUGCUGUUGUACAACUUCUCACAUCUGUGCCAUUCUAAUAAAAUCAAAGUCAUUGACCUUCCCCUUUCUAUAGGUAACAGUUAUUUUGCUCUUAUUUUGUAUAAAAGGUUUGCACCAAUUUUUUUUAAUUUUUUUUUUUCUAACGUGGAUGUACUGGACGAUGUUUUGGUUUAAAGGGGAUUGCUAACCAAAGGAGUGUACUUGCUGUAAUGUGCCACUUCAGAGUGUGUCACAGCUCAUGCAAAAGUGAAAGAUAAAUGACAGACCUAUUUUUUCUAUCUGUGUAAAUCGGAAAGCAAAAUUAUGUCACUGGAGACUGCAUGAAUCGAUUGUAUAGACAGGCGUAUGUUCCUAUACUGCUGCAAUGUUAACAUGUAAAGUAAAUUUCUAUUGUUAGUAUCUAUAGUGAUAAAUCUAUACUUUGGGGCUAGUCAUUAGGAAAUUAUAUAUGAGUAUCUAUGAAUGAGUAUCUCAUUCUCUGAUUUUAAAUUAUUAGGCAAACAGCAUUGCAUAAGUCCAGAUCUACUGCCUGGAUGAUGUCCUUCUUGCGUGUUAUUUUGUGCCAGCAGUUUCUGCAGUGAGAGGCCAAAUGGUAUGGACUUUGCCAACAUGUACAUGUACAGUAAUCAUGGUUUUCAUUCAAAGCACUUUUCAUCUGAGCUGGUUUCAUACACACAUGUUCUUAAGCUACUGUGACACUCUUCUUUAAUAAAGAUGGUUUUGACAAAUAUACAAA